AUGCGGAAAGAACAAAGGGACAGCCAGAAAUCCAUUUUCAAAAGUGGCACGGAGCAGUUUUUCCAUGUAGGCGACUUGAUAAAUGCACUUCCAGACACGGAUAAAUUUGGGGCAUCUUCCAGUGACAAAGUCCGUAUUACUGAAGAAAGAAGGGGAUCUGCCGUGUUCCUUCGCGUUGAAGAUCAUAGUGUUAAAGUUACGGAUGGCAGAGAAUAUGCAACAAAGACGACGCUUAAUAAUGAUAGCAAAUUCACUGCUUACAGAGAAAAAGAAGCAAUAUUUUUGCAUGUUGAAGACACGAGUGUCAAAGUAACAGAAGGAAGAAAACAACCACCUGUAUUUAUGCACGUAGACGAUACAAGUUCAAAUAUUUCCGAAAACAAUGAAGAGCCUGCCCACUUUUUUCAUGUCGAGAAUACUGAAAUUCGUGUGACCAAAAACAAUGUGCUUGAUGGUUUUACUGCUUAUUCCAGAGGAGGAAUAUACUCAUGGAUUUGGUGA